GUAUGUACCGUCGUUACCAUGGUGACCUGAGCCGCCCCAGCCGCUCUGAGCUGUUAUACUGUUGGAAAUGCGGUAAAAAAAAAAAAAAAAAAAAUUAAACCCACAGAAAUGGACUUACCGGCUACAUAUUAUGGGAAACUGGAUAAAAGGAACCCAGUUAUUUCAAAUUUCAAACGAGACAUUAACUCGUUUGUAGCACUAAUGGGACAAAUAGCUUCUUCGACCGAACAGGACAACAGCUCUUAUGCUAAAGGGAUUAAGAUCCUGCUGGAGAUAUGGAAGAAGUACAAGCAUCGUCUUCCUUCAAACUUAUACCAGGAGCACAUGCUGCAGACUGCAGAUUUUCUUUUUGAAAUAAAGUUGUACCAGCUGGCACUGUGGCAGGGCUACAGUCUCCACCUGUUGCAGUUCAGCUCAGUGAAAAUAACUGAGAUCAUAGAUGUGGACCACUUAAUGGCCUGCUUCUUUCCUGAAGGUUUUGAUGCAGACCAAGAUACCUUUACCAUGAAGGUUCUUGCGAUGCAGGGCUGUGCCUUGUGUAUAUUUGAGCAGGAAAAAAGGCACAAUAUCCUCAGCGAGAAGGGGCUUUGCAAACUGCUGCGUGUGCUGAACUUCAUUAGGAUCAUGAUGCAGGCCUUUCAGCAACACGAACACCUCCACUGGCAAAUAUAUAAGGGUGCAUCAAACAUUUACACCAUCUGCCGCUUCUUGAUGAUGAAGAAGUACAGCGCACAGGCACUGGAGUACCUUCUGUGGGCGAGCAUCAGUUUAGAAUUGUCCAUCCCUCUGAUGACAGCCAAGUAUCUGCCGUUGAUCAUCACACUCUACUGUGCCGUCUGCCACUGUUACUAUGACAACCAGGCUGAGGUGCAGGCAGAGGAAUUUGCCAGAAGAGCCCUUGGAAAAAUCAAUGAGCUUGCAAAGCUGGAGGAGCAGAGUGGAGUUCCUACCACCAGAGAGACUCAGAGAGCUUACAAAGAGGCUUCUGUCAAGCUGGCCGCUAUGGUAUUUAAGCGAGCAGUGUUUGAUGGCAGAAGGAGACCCAAAGUCCCACUGAAAAUGAAAACCAAACACACCCUGAAGGACAUAUCCAAUGUGCCAUGGCCUCGUACUCCAACAGAGCGCAUUCUUACAGGCCUGUUUGACAGCAAGGCAGGACAAUUUUUUUGUAUUCUGGAGGCUCUUUGGGACAGCACCACGCGCACUCUACAGAUGAGAAUGGCAGAUGACCCAGAACAGCAGGACGUGUUCUCAGAACUCCUGUCUGCUGGCAUUAGUAUAUUAUCUGGAUCAACAGAUUCUGGUGAGAAAAGGUGUGACGAUAACCAGUGCCUGUCUCCUAUUGUGCUGACGCCAACUUCAACUCUAUUGGAUUUAGCCAUUAUGGGAGAAAACAAAGUGCCCAUCAUGUCAGCUGUGAGGUUCAUCAAGCUGUUGUUUCAAUACAAGCGACAGGAUAUGUUCACUGAACUUGCUCGAGAAAUGCAGCAGGUUUUGUCUGGUGUGGAAGGGCAGUCAUUCAGGAAGGCAGAACGAGAGCUUACUUUGCUAGACAGUUUCAACAUUCUGCUGUCUUCCCAGAGGAGCCAUUCAAGAGAGGACAACAGGAAAGAUGACAGACCAAAGUCUUCAUUCCCAAUGAGUGAUGAGCUCAUCGCGCUGGUAGAUACCUUGCACAAGUCUGUCUGUGGAUCUGCUCUGGAGGUGCAGCCAGAUGGGGACCUAGUAUUGGAUAUUGUGUUGUUUGUGUGGGGUAAGGUGAAGGUGGUGAGACAGAAAGAUAAGCUGCAAAUCCCAGAGUUUACACACUAUCGAGCGAAGUGGGUGUGGUGCCUGUCUAAGCUGUGUGAGGUGGCCUUUGCUUGUGACAUAGCAACAGUUGACUGUAUAUUAACAGCAGAGAUGAUUCACACAUUUGGGACACUACUAGAAAAUGCAGAAGAACAUUUUAAUCAAGCAAAAUGUCAAGAUUGUGCGGCAGACCAUAAUGAUACGAAGCUAAGCUCUUUGUCUCCUCUUGAGAGUUCAAGUACAGAGCUGUUUCAGAAGGUAUAUGAGGUGGUGAGGAAGGGUCUUGAAGCUUUUGCCAAGGGUUCAGCUACACUGAUGCCACAUGACUGCUCAGCAGUCAUUGAUUGUUCCUUCAUGCAGAAAUUUAGUCUGAUCAAUGCCCCAGCCCCUUCCAUAUCUCCAACAUCACCAGAAGAGGGAAAUGAAGAAGAUAAAAUAAGUAUGAAGGAAAAAGAAGAAAUCAAAGCAAAGACAGAAUCAGAUUUUAAGGACUGUCGACAGACUCAGCCCACACGCAUGUUUCUGCUUGCCAAAGACCUUCGUUUAGAGCUAGACAUCAUCUACCACAGGGCAUCCCUCAAGUUACUGCAGCUAAAUACAGUUACCGAGUCUGAACUGUUGAAUCGGAUCAAGAAGAACAAAGUGUCCAAAGCACUCUUCGUGAUCCAGAAAGCCUUACUGAUGUUCAAAAACGUGGAGCUAAAUGACAGCAGCAAAACCAAAAGUCUGCUAGAGGAGGCUUCCACCCUUUUAGAAAAAGCAGGGCUAGAAGAGAGAAAACUGUAUAUGUCCACCAUUCCUAAGACUCUGGCUGAAAAUGCAGAAAAAGGAAUGAGGGUCGAAGAAAACCCUCCACCUCCCCCCAUUCUAUGCUCACGCUGUGACCACUCCUUCACCUUUGCCCCAGCACCUUAUAACUUGGCGGAAAAAGUGUGCUGGUACCAGCUUUGUGGUCGAGUAGCUGAGGGCCUUAACUGGAAAGUCCGCCUUGGAGACUGCAGUCUGCCAGGAACUGGAAAAAUGGUACCAGCAGUGUAUGGAGAAUGUGUGCUGAGGGUGGAAGGGCUGGAGCCCAAUCAGAAGUACGUGUUUGCUGUUGCAGCAUACGACAGCGAAGGCAAGCUACUAGGCAACACAAUAGGAGGGACAACAUUACCAGUGUUGGCAUCCCUACCUGUACCUCUCCUCGCUGCAUGGGCUCACUUGGCUCAGGUGGCAUUUCAAACGGAGCAAUACACCAUAGCAAAGAGGGCCUGCAGGGAAUUGUGGAGCCACUAUACAUACCCUGGCUGUGGGCCCCAGAGCACAGAUGAUAGAUUUGCUACAAUAGAGUUGCGUAAACAAGCCCUGCACUGCUCCUCUCCUCACCUACAUCAGUUGUUCCUCAUCUCCAUCUUCAUUGAGACAGAGAUCAACAUUCAGCAGGGAUCGCUCUAUUGUGACUCAUUUAGUGACAAUGGACCAUUUAUCUGGGAACAGGAAGCCAGACUGGCAGAAUGUGAGCGAAUGCUGGUGGCCUUGGACUUAGCAAUGUGUUUGAAUGAUGGUAGCGGUGCUGUGCAAGCUGUAGUUAGUUGCUAUGGCCUCUUGGCACCUCUGAUCUUCCAUCAAAUCACCUGUGAACCUGUGGUGCAAGUGCUAGUGAAAUGCUUGACCGUUUUGGAGGAGAAUUCAGGUCUUCUCAAACAAAAAUGGGCCGGAAACACUUCACAGUCAUUCAUGCACAUGAUAGCUUGCAUCACCUACUAUCUGUCAAAGGCUUUACGUGUCCUCAAGAAGCAUCAGAUGGCUGCUUUGGUCAUGGAGUUGGGUUGCAAGCUACUCCAGGAGGUCUAUGAUGCCCAGCAGCAAAUAAGUAGAUUUGCCACCCAAACUGAGGGUGCAAGAAACAGUGGAAAAUCUAAGACAGUAGGUCAAGCUGCAGUAAAGGGUGAAAUGAAGAUUAAUCUUCAGUUAAAGGCACUGCAAAAGAAGAACAAGACAAAAGUCGUACCAGAAGUAACUCUAGCCGCACACAAUGAGGUUUCAUCGUCAUUGCCUGGCUGCAAGGAUCCUGCCAUACUGUAUGACCUGAUCUCUAACAGCACAUUAAUUGAUGCCUAUCAAGAUGUGAUGAAGCUCAAGUCCAUGGCAUAUUUUACUGAGUUUGCAGCGCUGCUGCUUCAGAGAACCAUGGAAGAAGGCCACAUAGACCUUGUGUUAAACUGGGGUCAAAGCAUUUUUGAAUUGCUUUCCAGGCGUGACACGGCCAUGCGACUAUCAACAAAAUCUGUGGAUAAAAGCAGUCAGAGUAAAAAGCAAAGUAGUAUUCAGGCUCUGAAGGAAAAUGAAACACCCCAGAACAAGAGCAUGCCUUCACAAGAAGAAAGAAGAAAGAAACUGAAGGACACAAUGCCACGCAGCAUGCUCCGGAGAGUGAGAACUAACAGGGAGAUGCAGGCUGUAGAGAACCUGCUAACCAGAAUGUCGUCUGUGGUGCAGCGACAGAAGAAGCAGCUUCAACUGCGGGGAUUGUGCUGUGGGGAGAGAGCCUGGAGAGCUAAUCUGAACUACCUUUUGGCUCAGGCACAUUUAGCAGUGCUUUAUCAGGGCCUGGACCAGCUGUGUGGUGGAGCUGUGCACAGGUACAGCCAGUUCCCUCCCUUGUUUUUUUCUCUGGCCUACUCCGGUGUCCUUUUGUCGAGGAAGUUACACCAACAGCUGCCUUCUAAACACGAAGUUGUCUUGGAGAGCACCUCCUUGCACUCCAGUGUCCAUGAUUGUGUGACGAAUACACACAAAUGCAGGAACAAAAAGGAGGCAGUCCGAGUUGAAGACUCUGCCACAGAGGAGAGUGGUGAGGAGGAUGAAGACUGCUCUCAAACUGUGGAAACACAUAUGGAGACGUCGAGAUACACUGCUGCCUUUCUCCUGGAUUCACUUAACAAAGCUGCUCUACAUCUUCGGAGGGCCAUGGUGUUGGCCCAUCGUGGUGGUCACUGGACCACUUUGCAGUAUGUGUGUCAGACCAUGUGGGACCAAAGUUGCAGAAUCACUCUCCAAGUACAGAUGGCUGAUCAGCCUGAAACUCCCUCCUCCAUCACAGCAGAGCAGUUGUACACCAUCUUUACCCCGCUGCUGGUGCUGGCUACUGACCUCAUUAUGGAUAUGUUGAACAAACUAGGGCUGUGGAGUUUGUAUGACAGUGACUUGACUGAGGAGGAACUCGAGUCCAGUCUCCACUUCUCAGUGCCACUAGAUGACAGCACCCAGGUGGACCUGCGUUGGAUUCACACAUUGGCGUUGUACACUCUGGAGCGGCUCCAUGAUGGUGGCAAAUGGGAAAGCCUGGCCCACUUUGCCUUACUUUUCAAUUCAUACACAAGGGAACGUUACUCCUUGAUUGUAACUCCUCUGCUCAUUCAUGCUCAGAGGAGACUGCUUGAACGAAUUGGUACUCUUGGAGGACCUGCAGUACCACAACCACACCAUGUUAAGACACUGAAAGCCACUGGCAAGGAGGUAACUUUCAGAAGUUAUGCAGGCUGCCAGCUGCUCAGUGGGUGGAGCCCUCAGUCUGCGCAGCAGCAACUGCCUAUUCACAAAAAAGCAGCACUCUCAAACGCUAAAUCUCGAGAAACAGCUGCAUUGAAAGGUGCCGAGAUACAACGCUCCAUGUCCCUUGUGUGCGUGCCUCUGGAUGUGGAAGACUCACUGAGCUGUUAUCGGCAAGCUCUUGAGAAAAGAGCUCAUUGUCUUCAGGUCUUCCAGCAUAGUCGCUCAUUAGUUUUUCUGCUCCUGGCACACACACAGUCCUGCUUUGUGACACAGUUGCAGCCCUGUCACAGCAGAGGUCUCAGCCGUUCAGCAAGCCUGGUGGAUUUCAGGACCUUUGUUAUACCCACUCCAAACCUCGAGCCUUGUGACCUGAUGGAGGAGGACUACAGAACUCCAAGUGCUAUCUACAGCCUCCCUAUCAGCCCUAAACACACGCAGACUGUCAUUGCUUCAUACUCCACUUCCAUAAAGUAUGCCCAGGCUAACGGUCACGACUCUCUCAGAACUUUGGCAUUGCAUGAAAUGGGAAACCUACAGUUCUACAAUGGAAACACGCGCGCAGCACACUCCUGCUGGAGUAAAGCUGUAGAUUGUGCCUUGCACAGCUCAGGUGCUGUAGAAAAAUGGGAUGGUAUUUCCUUUGAGGGUGGAUCUAUGCAGGAAUCCUUAAAACAGGCUGGCAUUUGGGGAUGUCUACAGGCUGCUGUGCUCACUGCUAAGAUAGCACAGUAUAUCUUAACCUCUGAUAUCAGCCAACGGACCAAGUGCUGUCUCCUAUCUGUUCACCUCUUUAAGUGUGUGCUGUGUUGCUCCAUGCCUGAACCCCAGUCCGACAUCCAUUAUGCGUCCCACAGUAUUGGAGAUGAACUGCUCCUUGGAGUUGACCUUUUUUCUGAACCAAACAGACUUCACCUCAGCACUACUGUAACAAGUCUUAACUUUGUUUGCCACUGGCUUUUCACCACAGGCUACUGCAUUACGCUGCUGCCCAUACUAGCUCUUUACCUACAUUUUGUGGGGACUGUGUGCCGAGAUGUACAACGUACUGCUGAGGGCAAAAUACUAAAGAUGCGUGUCCUCACUGAACUGUGUCUGUUCACUGAAGCUAUAAAGGAGGCACUUCAGCUCACACAAGGGAUAGGUGUCCUUCUGCCAUAUGGACAUUACAUGUCCAACGCCAGUCUGAAACCUUUGAAGACAUUCUACAGCAACAGGUCUCUACUGGACAAUGUGGAGGUUUUGGACGAACUUGUAAACUGUGAUUUAGCUCCAGAGAUCCGCACUCUGUAUGGACCCACAGUGUGUGUCAGAUUCAACCUAGCUCGUACUCAGCUAGUCCUGGCACUGACAAACUCCGUACGUGGCCAUCCCAUUCCAGAAGAAGCCAGCACAGCAAGUUGUUUCGUGGACUCAGAACACCACGAGCAGGACAGAUUGGAGACUGAGGGCUCUUGCCUACAGACGGUGAAGCCAAUAAUUCUCACUCUUGAUGCUGGAAAGGAGAAAUUAACCCAAGAAAGAAUCAAGUUCCUGUUGCUUGAAGGAGCAUCUUCCUUGUUAGAAUCCAUUUCGCAGCAGCUCACAUCUCAUUCCUGUAGUGAAGUGGAGAACUUCGAACUGACAAUAGAAUUCAAUCUUCUAAAAGCAAACCUCUACCUACAGCAAGACCAUGCUGCUCUUAGCUCGGAGAUGGCAAUUUCAUCUCUGGUGUUGCUGCAGACAUCUCCUGUGAUUGUUGGAGGAUCCGGCGAACAGGAUGCCAAAGAUAACAGUGUGCCAAACACCCUGCAUGGAGACUAUCCCAAAGCUGUUGAGGCAAGGGAGAGAAUUGGAGUUUCUCUGUGGCUGCGCUGCCGCGUUGCUCUGGUCCACAUCCUGGUUGCUGAUGUGCCUGGCACUGCUGCUCUUUUCCCAGGUAAGAACAUGAACGAGGAGAUAGCUCGGUUGUUGCAGGAGGGUCUCAGUGAAUGUGUUCUAUGGGGAGACCACAAUACUCAAGCCCGACUGAUGGUCGAACAUGCACAACUGGAAGCAUUGAGAGGCAGGACUGAUGACAGCAUGGCAAUGCUGCAGGUAUUAUGCCUUUUUUCAGCAACAUGAAAGCAUGAAGUUCCACAGAACGUGCCGAGACCCGGAUUCGAACCGGGGUUGCUGCGGCCACAACGCAGAGUACUAACCACUAUACGAUCACGGCAGCUUCCCUCCCGGGGCGCUCUGCUGUUGUGAUGGCAUGUGAUGAGCUCCGAAUAUCAAACUUCAUUGUGCGUUUUGUGCUUCUGAAAUGAUGUGUGUUAAAACACAGUCAUGUUCUCCUGCAUGAUUUGUCAAGCAGUGAGGGGUGUGCUAAGAAGCUACAACAUUCUUUUCCACUUACUAAGCACCUCUGUGCACAGAGGGAAUACUGUAAAUGUUGCAGAGUGAAUAAGCUAAGGAAACUGUCGAGCUAGCCAGGAGUCGAACCUAGAGUCUUCUGAUCCGUAGUCAGACGCGUUAUCCAUUGCGCCACUAGCCCUACGUAUCAACAACUUACGUCACCACGUUGUAGCCAUUGCAAGGCAAGAUAACCCAUUUCAUUUUAACGAAUAAGCCAGUGUUGAGAAAGUGAUGAACUGACGGGUGUAGCCAGAAAGUAGAGGGGAUCACGCAAGAAGAGGCUGACUUGCACCAGUGUGGCCUAGAAGACAAGCAAAGUGGUUGAGUUUAGUGUUUCUUCACGGUCAUAUACUUGUACUUUGGAGCGCUCCACCAUUUUUCCUUCUGUCCUGCUCUGUCAACACAGACCCAGACAUCUGAAGGAUCAGCACUUAAUGCAAAGCCCUCAACACAGUGUUGAGCCACGAGCCAGCACACAUUUGCUGACACACCUUACAUGCCAUGACAUUGUCUUCCUGCACAUGAUUCCAGGAGAAACAACAAGAGAUGUAUGAAAAGCAAUGCCCCGUGUGAGGCUCGAACUCACGACCUUCAGAUUAUGAGACUGACGCGCUGCCUACUGCGCCAACGAGGCCCGAAAAGCAUAGAAAAUGCCCAUAUGUUUUUGCUUCAUGUUUGUUCUUCCUUCUGCGUCCUUCACCGUGUUUCUGUAAAUGUUGCGCCUGAAGCUGGGACAAGCAGGAAAGUCCAAAAACAGUUUUUGGAACCAGAGUAUCUCAUGGCCACUGUCCAUCAGCAAACAAGUGUAACAACAGAGCAGCAGGACUUUGUGUGCUUUUGACUGACAGCUCGGCUGAGCUGCACACAGAGGGAACAUUAUGAAGCGUGCGCUUGGACUACAUUCACACAAAAUCUCUACAAUGCGGCACCUUCCCACAAGGUUGUGCAGCGCUGUGGCCAUGUAUAUUUGUGCUUUAAAAAGUAACCAGCGUGAAAAAACCUCAAAAUAAUCUCUACGUCACUGAUUUGUUUUGUCUCCUCCGUCAAGUUAUUGUUCUCUAACUUGCUUGAGCACAGCCGCUCUGUCUGAAUUUUGACGCUACCGUCUUCCUGUCAACAGGUAUUAUGCCUUUUUUCAGCAACAUGAAAGCAUGAAGUUCCACAGAACGUGCCGAGACCCGGAUUCGAACCGGGGUUGCUGCGGCCACAACGCAGAGUACUAACCACUAUACGAUCACGGCAGCUUCCCUCCCGGGGCGCUCUGCUGUUGUGAUGGCAUGUGAUGAGCUCCGAAUAUCAAACUUCAUUGUGCGUUUUGUGCUUCUGAAAUGAUGUGUGUUAAAACACAGUCAUGUUCUCCUGCAUGAUUUGUCAAGCAGUGAGGGGUGUGCUAAGAAGCUACAACAUUCUUUUCCACUUACUAAGCACCUCUGUGCACAGAGGGAAUACUGUAAAUGUUGCAGAGUGAAUAAGCUAAGGAAACUGUCGAGCUAGCCAGGAGUCGAACCUAGAAUCUUCUGAUCCGUAGUCAGACGCGUUAUCCAUUGCGCCACUAGCCCUACGUAUCAACAACUUACGUCACCACGUUGUAGCCAUUGCAAGGCAAGAUAACCCAUUUCAUUUUAACGAAUAAGCCAGUGUUGAGAAAGUGAUGAACUGACGGGUGUAGCCAGAAAGUAGAGGGGAUCACGCAAGAAGAGGCUGACUUGCACCAGUGUGGCCUAGAAGACAAGCAAAGUGGUUGAGUUUAGUGUUUCUUCACGGUCAUAUACUUGUACUUUGGAGCGCUCCACCAUUUUUCCUUCUGUCCUGCUCUGUCAACACAGACCCAGACAUCUGAAGGAUCAGCACUUAAUGCAAAGCCCUCAACACAGUGUUGAGCCACGAGCCAGCACACAUUUGCUGACACACCUUACAUGCCAUGACAUUGUCUUCCUGCACAUGAUUCCAGGAGAAACAACAAGAGAUGUAUGAAAAGCAAUGCCCCGUGUGAGGCUCGAACUCACGACCUUCAGAUUAUGAGACUGACGCGCUGCCUACUGCGCCAACGAGGCCCGAAAAGCAUAGAAAAUGCCCAUAUGUUUUUGCUUCAUGUUUGUUCUUCCUUCUGCGUCCUUCACCGUGUUUCUGUAAAUGUUGCGCCUGAAGCUGGGACAAGCAGGAAAGUCCAAAAACAGUUUUUGGAACCAGAGUAUCUCAUGGCCACUGUCCAUCAGCAAACAAGUGUAACAACAGAGCAGCAGGACUUUGUGUGCUUUUGACUGACAGCUCGGCUGAGCUGCACACAGAGGGAACAUUAUGAAGCGUGCGCUUGGACUACAUUCACACAAAAUCUCUACAAUGCGGCACCUUCCCACAAGGUUGUGCAGCGCUGUGGCCAUGUAUAUUUGUGCUUUAAAAAGUAACCAGCGUGAAAAAACCUCAAAAUAAUCUCUACGUCACUGAUUUGUUUUGUCUCCUCCGUCAAGUUAUUGUUCUCUAACUUGCUUGAGCACAGCCGCUCUGUCUGAAUUUUGACGCUACCGUCUUCCUGUCAACAGGUAUUAUGCCUUUUUUCAGCAACAUGAAAGCAUGAAGUUCCACAGAACGUGCCGAGACCCGGAUUCGAACCGGGGUUGCUGCGGCCACAACGCAGAGUACUAACCACUAUACGAUCACGGCAGCUUCCCUCCCGGGGCGCUCUGCUGUUGUGAUGGCAUGUGAUGAGCUCCGAAUAUCAAACUUCAUUGUGCGUUUUGUGCUUCUGAAAUGAUGUGUGUUAAAACACAGUCAUGUUCUCCUGCAUGAUUUGUCAAGCAGUGAGGGGUGUGCUAAGAAGCUACAACAUUCUUUUCCACUUACUAAGCACCUCUGUGCACAGAGGGAAUACUGUAAAUGUUGCAGAGUGAAUAAGCUAAGGAAACUGUCGAGCUAGCCAGGAGUCGAACCUAGAGUCUUCUGAUCCGUAGUCAGACGCGUUAUCCAUUGCGCCACUAGCCCUACGUAUCAACAACUUACGUCACCACGUUGUAGCCAUUGCAAGGCAAGAUAACCCAUUUCAUUUUAACGAAUAAGCCAGUGUUGAGAAAGUGAUGAACUGACGGGUGUAGCCAGAAAGUAGAGGGGAUCACGCAAGAAGAGGCUGACUUGCACCAGUGUGGCCUAGAAGACAAGCAAAGUGGUUGAGUUUAGUGUUUCUUCACGGUCAUAUACUUGUACUUUGGAGCGCUCCACCAUUUUUCCUUCUGUCCUGCUCUGUCAACACAGACCCAGACAUCUGAAGGAUCAGCACUUAAUGCAAAGCCCUCAACACAGUGUUGAGCCACGAGCCAGCACACAUUUGCUGACACACCUUACAUGCCAUGACAUUGUCCUCCUGCACAUGAUUCCAGGAGAAACAACAAGAGAUGUAUGAAAAGCAAUGCCCCGUGUGAGGCUCGAACUCACGACCUUCAGAUUAUGAGACUGACGCGCUGCCUACUGCGCCAACGAGGCCCGAAAAGCAUAGAAAAUGCCCAUAUGUUUUUGCUUCAUGUUUGUUCUUCCUUCUGCGUCCUUCACCGUGUUUCUGUAAAUGUUGCGCCUGAAGCUGGGACAAGCAGGAAAGUCCAAAAACAGUUUUUGGAACCAGAGUAUCUCAUGUCCACUGUCCAUCAGCGAACAAGUGUAACAACAGAGCAGCAGGACUUUGUGUGCUGUUGACUGACAGCUAGGCUGAGCUGCACACAGAGGGAACAUUAUGAAGCGUGCGCUUGGACUACAUUCACACAAAAUCUCUACAAUGCGGCACCUUCCCACAAGGUUGUGCAGCGCUGUGGCCAUGUAUAUUUGUGCUUUAAAAAGUAACCAGCGUGAAAAAACCUCAAAAUAAUCUCUACGUCACUGAUUUGUUUUGUCUCCUCCGUCAAUUCAUUGUUCUCUAACUUCCUUGAGCACAGCCGCUCUGUCUGAAUUUUGACGCUACCGUCUUCCUGUCUACAGGUAUUAUGCCUUUUUUCAGCAACGUGAAAGCAUGAAGUUUCACAGAACGUGCCGAGACCCGGAUUCGAACCGGGGUUGCUGCGGCCACCACGCAGAGUACUAACCACUAUACGAUCACGGCAGCUUCCCUCCCCGGGCGCUCUGCUGUUGUGAUGGCAUGUGAUGAGCUCCAAAUAUCAAACUUCAUUGUGUGUUUUGUGCAUCUGAAAUGAAUUGUGAAAACACAGUCAUGUUUCCCAAAUGGUUUGUCAAGCUGUGAGGUGUACUCAGAAGUGACAACUUUUUUUCCACUUACUAAGCACCUGUAACGCAGUGCUUUUUCAUUGCAUCCACAGAAAGUGUGACAUACAAACUCAUAACUCAGAAUAGACGAUUCGCGCCCCUUCCUUCCUUCCUUCCUUCCUUCCUUCCUUCCUUCCUUCCUUCCUUCCUUCCUUCCUUCCUUCCUUCCUUCCUUCCUUCCUUCCUUCCUUUCAUAUUUUUCUCCAUAUGUAGCAGCCGUAGCUGGACAACCAUGGAAACAGUUUUUUCAACUCAACGUAUUCUAUGGCCAGAAUCAGUCAACAAGCAAAUGCAACUGAAGGAUAUUCAAGAGUCAACAGAAUCUUUAAAAAAAUAAGUGAAUACAUUGUAGAUAUCGAUAAUAGGGACACUUCUGUCCAAUGGUGCUUAUACCUUGUGUUUUUUCAGACUUUUUUUUUAUGGCACUGAAAUUAAAAAACUUCCAAUUAAGUAAUGAAUGCUUCCAAUGAUUGCAAGUGACAGACUGAGAUGUCUCUUUGAAAACAUGCAAUGUUUAUAAACACUAAACAAUGUUCCAACUUGCAAUUAUUGUAUUAUCUGUAGGCUAAAACAUUACCCACUCAACCAUCCAAAAUACACAUCCAGCCUUGUAAUGUUUUGGUUUCUCAGUAAUUUCAGUGGUUUCAAUGAAGUAUAUAUAUAGUGUGGGUUUAAGGUCACAAACAGUGCCCUUAGUUUGUAUAUAUUCGUUAAUUUGGCUGAUAUCGGGAUUGAAUGUAAAAUGAAUUAAUGUGACACAGUGCUUGUCUCUGCAUGUGUGUAGGAAGCAGUGAACCUGCUGUCUGGACAGACAUGCAUGCCGCCAGGGUCCGUUGUUACUCUAGCUCAGGCCACUUUGCUGCUCAGCGACCUGAGAGGACCACAGAGCACCACACUUCUCC